UGAUUGGUAACAAAUGAAAUAAAAUAUUUAAAAGGCCGAGACAUAUUUGGAUCUUUUUGGGCAAAAGAAGAGUAUUCAAAGCUUGUUUUUUUUUUUUUCCAAUCCGGGCCAUUUGUGUGAAAGGGGAGACACAAGCGCAGAGGAAGAAAACUUAAUUGGUGUUGUGUCUCCUCUUACUUGACAAAUAGAGCUUUGAGGAAUAUAUAGCAGAGAAAAAAAGGGUUGGAUGAUGGAGUACGAGAGUAAUAGUUGGAUUUGGGAUGGGAUGUACAACUUCCCACAUCUGUUUGGUGGUCUAAUGCUCACGGCUGCUUUGCUUGGUUUUUCUACGAGCUACUUUGGCGGAAUAGGGGUUCCUCAUUUGCCAUAUCUGUGGUCAGAUUUAGGAAUUUUCCAUAAGAAGAGACGUGAGAAGAGGCGGAUUCGGGUUUACAUGGAUGGUUGUUUCGAUCUCAUGCAUUAUGGUCAUGCCAAUGCCUUGAGGCAAGCUAAGGCUUUGGGAGAUGAGUUGAUUGUGGGGGUUGUCAGUGAUGAGGAGAUCAUUGCCAAUAAGGGUCCACCUGUUCUAUCCAUGCAAGAGAGGCGGGCACUUGUUAGUGGGUUGAAAUGGGUGGAUGAAGUCAUACCCAAUGCUCCUUAUGAGAUUACUGAGCAGUUCAUGAACAGACUCUUUAAUGAGCAUAAAAUUGACUAUAUCAUACAUGGAGAUGAUCCUUGCCUGCUUCCAGAUGGAACUGAUGCUUAUGCCUUGGCAAAGAGAGUUGGCCGUUACAAGCAGAUCAAGCGCACUGAAGGGGUUUCCAGCACAGAUAUUGUAGGAAGAAUACUUUCUUCUAUGAGGGAUAGGAAUGCUUCUGAAGAUCAACAUGAUAGGCCUUUAAAUGGGGAUCCUCAUAAAGAAAGUCAACCCAAGGGUGCCCGUUCAUCUCAAUUUCUACCGACAUCCCGGCGAAUUGUGCAAUUUUCUAAUGGAAUGGGACCUGGACCAAAUGCUCGUGUUGUGUACAUUGAUGGGGCAUUUGAUCUCUUCCACGCUGGACAUGUUGAGAUCUUGAAGCGUGCUCGGCAGCUUGGAGACUUUUUACUGGUUGGAGUCCAUAAUGACCAAACUGUGAGUGAACACAGAGGGCAGCACUAUCCAAUCAUGCAUGUACAUGAGCGCAGUCUUAGUGUACUGGCUUGCCGUUAUGUUGAUGAAGUCAUUAUUGGUGCUCCUUGGGAAGUCACAAAGGAUAUGAUAACAACUUUCAACAUUUCUUUGGUAGUGCAUGGGACGAUUUCUGAGAACAACUUUUCAUCAUCUAGCGAAAGUGAUCCAUAUUCUGUUCCAAAGAGCAUGGGAAUCUUCAAGUUGCUUGACAGCCCCAGCAAUAUAACAACCACUGCAGUAGCCCAGAGAAUAGUUGCAAACCAUGAUGCAUAUGUGAAACGCAAUGCCAAGAAGGCAGCGAGCGAGAAGAAAUACUAUGCAGAAAAGAAAUAUGUGUCAGGAGACUAGCCGUUCAUGACUUUGUAAUGAUGUGUAUGGUAAAUUUAUCUUUCAGUUUUCAACUCAUUAUAAGAGAAGAUACCUCCUGUUGUUGAAGAGAGAUAUAGAAAUGUCCAAUAGCUACCGAUAAUAGAUUUUAUCCUUUGGACGGGAAGAGGAAUGGAUGAUACAGAAGCAAUACCGUUUUUAUGAGACUCCGAUCACGUAGGAAUUCUUUUUCCAUUUUGAUGUAACUCUGUCAGGACUUAGAUUCGAUCUCAACAAAAUCAAAAGCUUCUUUAGCAUGUUUGUACUGAAAUUAUACAGAUAAUGAUGUAUAACUUUUUGUACCCUUUUUGGGGCAUUGUUGUGAAUCAUGAAAUUGCUCUUUCUUUCA